GCAGCAAACACCGAAUCCUCCGCUGCCUUCAGGGAAAACAUGGCGAGCAGAGUCCUUCAAACAGUGGCCAGAAGCCUUCACAGGACGAAAACCGGACUUCCUGCGAACGGACCGGCGACCCGAACCGUCAGGAGCCUCUCAGGGCUCAAAUCUCUUUUUGUUAGAAAAGUUGACCCCAGAAAAGACGCUCACUCUCAUCUGCUCGCCAAGAAAGAGGACAACAAUCUGUACAAAAUACAGUUUCACAAUGUGAAACCAGAGUGCCUUGAUGCUUAUAAUAAACUCUGUGAGUCCGUGUUGCCAUCCAUUCACGCCAGUCCUGAAUACUCAUGUGAGCUUGUGGGCACCUGGAACACCUGGUACGGAGAGCAGGAUCAGGCAGUUCACCUGUGGAGAUAUCGGGGAGGAUACCCAGCUCUCACCGAAGUCAUGAACAAACUCAGGCAGAAUAAGGAGUUUAUGGAGUACCGCACAGAGAGGGGGAAGAUGCUGCUGUCUCGUAGGAACCAGCUGCUCCUGGAGUUCAGCUUCUGGACCGAACCCGUCCCACGCCAAGGACCCAACAUCUACGAGCUUCGUUCAUACCAGCUCAGGCCAGGAACAAUGAUCGAGUGGGGAAACUACUGGGCUCGGGCUAUUGAGAUACGCCAGCAGAACCACGAGGCGGUGGGAGGCUUUUUCUCACAGAUCGGAGAUCUGUAUCAAGUUCACCAUUUAUGGGCUUACAAAGACCUUCAGUCCAGAGAAGUCAUUAGAAAUGCAGCUUGGCAGCGUGAAGGUUGGGAUGAGGUUGUUUAUUACACAGUCCCACUUAUUCAGCACAUGGAAUCCAGGAUAAUGAUCCCCAUGAAAACUUCGCCCUUGAAGUAACGGCAAACUGCAGGGAAAUAUUUCAGCAACUCUGAAGAUGUUAUUAACUACCUGAAAGUGCACAGCCAGGAAUAUCAACAUAACCUGAACAUGUUUUUGUUUUGUUGUUCCUCUUUUAUGCAUUUUUUUUUUUAAAUUAGGUCAGAAUACUUAUGUUUUAAAAUUGACAUGUUACUUAUUCGACGUUCUCCUCUUUAAUGUUUUUUUUCUCCACAUAAAAUUAAAAGGCAAUGAAAUAAACAUAUAACUACUUUUAUCAUAAUUAUACAGCAUAAGCUAUAUUAUACUAAGCUCAUAAUUAACAGGUAAUAUCAAGCUGAUAGGUUUAAAUGAUAUAGGUAAUGAUCAUUUAAUUUACCACAUUUUUCUUUAUGUAAAAAAAAGUGUUGUUUACAAAGCUUCCAUCCAAUCAUCUGAUUUGAGAUGAGUAGCUGGGAUUAGCAUUGAAGUAAUUUGUGUGGAUCACGGUGUUUAUGACAAUAAAAUUUCAUGAGGAUUCACAUAAGAUGAAGUAACAAAUAUACCACACAGUUUGAGAAAUAAUUGUUGACAUAUUUUUUAAUCCUUUUUCAGCUAGAUACAUUAAGUGUGAACCUACCACAUCCCUCUAUUUUGUUCUUGACACAUUUCAUCAUGGCACUUCUAGAUUUGAAAUAAAUUAGAAAGAUGGUUAAAAAGAUUCAGAAAUGUGUUUGGUUGAGCAGAUUUCCUCAUUAUUUACAGAAUAAACUACUGUACUGAUUUAGAUUUAUCUAUCUUUGUCAGCUGGGUGACAGCUUGCUUUCAUUGAGAUUAGUAUUACUGCUUUAUCAAGAAAGCUCAGAGUGUAGAAUAACAGUAGGCUUAUAAGCAAGCCGGUGUUGUGGUCAGUUUUUUUUAUUGAGUGAAGUUUUUAUAAUUGUUGACAAAAAAAUGGAUGGGAGAGGAGUUGUGUUAGUGUGAUAAAAUGCAGUGCUGUAAGAACUUUAGUUGUACAUAUUAAAUGAAAUUUCUGAUUUAGAGAA